AUGGCGAAACACUCCCGCAAGAGGGCUCAGGCCAACGGCGCCGGCUCGUCUCGCACAUCCUCCACGGCCGGUGGUGGAUAUCGCUCCUACACGGUGCAUAAACAGAGCGCUGCACCCGCUAUCCUGCGCGACGCCGAUGCGACGCAGAAGAUGAUGGACUAUAUCGGCGACGGCGCUGCCGGAAAGCGCGGUCUGGCGCGCCUCGCGAGGACGUGUAAGGCGUUCUGCGAGCCCGCACUCAAUGCGCUCUGGAGAGAGCUGGACUCCCUCGUGCCGCUGAUCGGGCUCUUCCCGUCGACGCUCCUGCGAAGAGCCAAACGCCCGGGUUUGGGCCUGGCUAAGGAACCUGUUGAAGAAGACUGGAAAAAGGUGCUGGAAUACGGAGAACGUGUCGAAAGCGUUCGUUACGUCGAAAGCUUCAACAACGUCUCUCCCUCUAUAUUCCCAGUGAUCGAGGAAACGCGUCCCCGGGAGUACAUACUGCCGAACUUGAAGAGCCUCUCCUGGAGGGUUGACACUCCAGCCGGUCUAGAUCGCUCGCUACUCUUCAUCCACCCUCGCAUCGAAGCCGUCAAUCUCGACAUCGGCAUCCGAAUUACAAAGAUCGACGACUUUAUCGUCAAGAUGACCGAGCGCACGCGGCUGAAGGAGUUCUCGCUCGUCGCAACCGGCAGCACCGCCAACCUGCCGGACGGGUUCACCGAUAUGAUGCGCUCGCAGAUGAAGCUCCAGAAGCUGACUCUCUCAGUUCCGGGAACAGUGAGCAGCGCUGUUGGGAAAUGGAUCGCAUCCCUCCCGCACCUCCGGAGUCUGCAGCUUGAUCUCUCUGGCCGGCCGAACAGCGCCGUCGAGCAGUUCUUCUCCGAGAUGCAUGCCGUUCAGGUUGGCUCGGGUCUGUCGACGCCCGAGUCCGUCGGCGCCGAGAGCGGCGACGACGCCAGCGUUGACUUCAAGGAUAUCCGCAAGUCCGCCCUCCGCGUCGUGUCUUCUCCGCUUUACGCUAGAAAGAUUGGGCCGUACAGCCAGCUCCGCGAGCUCCAUCUCACCGGCUCCGCCGGCGGACUCGCAGUCUUCCUGCGCAAGCUGCCCAUGUGCGAGAUCGUCAACCUCGAGCUCGUCAUCGAGGACCCGCCAGAAAAGGGCGAGUGGCGCCAGCUGCUCAACUCGCUCUGCGGCAGGGUAGGGAACGCACUCCAGUCGCUUAAGUUUAGCGCCACGGGAGCUUCAAAGUUUCCAGAGCUUGUUCGUUCCACGUCUCGAGGAGACGUCGUGGGACCGACGAGGCGGCUUCCGCUAGAAGGGCUCACAACCCUCCCGCAGGUCCGACGCCUCGAAUUUGACCUUCCGACAUCGAUCAUAUUCACCGACGAAGACGUAGAGCGCCUAGCUAUCGCCUGUCCCGCCCUUGAACAGCUCAAGCUCUGUCCGACGGCUCGCUUCCCUCUAUCAGGGGAGGCUCCUGCUCUCACGCUAGAGGGUGUUGCCGCGCUGACCACGCACUGCUAUUACUUGCACACCUUGCAUGCCGUGAUCAAUGCCGCCGGCGCCAGCGAUGCCGUCCUUGCCUCGCGUUUUGUCUCCUCGAAAUCCCUGCUUCGCCUCCACUUUGGACACUCUUGGAUCACGGAUCCUCUGCAAGCGGCCAUUUGUCUCAGCCACAUCGCGCCGUACCUCGAAUCUCUGAGAUGGUUCCACGAAAAGAACCGGCCAGGUUACAUCGAGGUGCACGCUCAAGGCUGGCAGCAAACGUCGGACUUUUUGCCCCACCUUCAGAAACUCCGCCUCAUGGAACGGGACGCCGUCCCGGAGGACUUCGAGCUCGUUCCGGCCCGCGAAUUCGCCGAGAAGGCGGUCGAUGCGAGGCCCAUCACGGUCAACCAGGAGGUGUUCGCCGAGCCGGAGACCUUGAACGAAGGCGUCCAAUUCUGUCCAGCUUGUGUCGAAGAGGCGGUGCAAGCAGAAACCCCUCUGGAAUCCGUUUCGGUCCAAGCAGAGCCGACGCUGCAGUCCACUUACGUCGAUGCCACACUCAUUUUCUCUGAUAAAGAGAGCCAAGGCUCGCCUACGCUCACUCAUCGUUCGAUUGACCCGGAAUCACCCACCUUACCCAAGCCUGUUCUUCCUAUGACCGACGACUUGCCGACAGACAAGCUGAGCGAGGCGCAAUCGGAGACCACCAGCGACACAUCUAUGUCCUCGGACCCCGGGGAUGUCCGCCACCACCCAUCUUAUUUCCCUGUCUCGUCCAUCUUUCACAUAUUCGCUGCUAUGCGGGAGCUCUUCAUCGCGCCCCCGCUACUGCUCUCCCUAUGGUUGAUGAGCAGAUCGCUUGCCACUAUUGGCGCGACUCGCAUCUACACCACCCAAGAGGUCAUGCACGUAGACGAAGAAGAGGAGAAGGAGGGGCAUGACAGUGAAAAUCCCGCGGCCGAGGGGCCCCUCAAGGAGGCGACGGACGCUACGAUGGUGACUGCUUCGGAGGCAGUCUCGCCUGUGUGUCUCUGA